GAACAGCCUCCAAGGGAUGGUCCAUGCACGUCCCAUCAGAGGUGACGGGCGAAAUCGGCAAGGCGGUGUCCUUGCCCUGCACUUUCACCCACCCUCAUCAGACCUACGACAAGACACUGACGGCUAUUUGGCGGGUGAAGGAACCUUACAAUGGGACGGUGGUCUUCAAGUGCGUGGCCCACAGCUCCAGCAGCCUCUGCAAGACCGCCGUCGGCUCGAAGAACAGGUACCAGCUCCUGGGGAACCCCAGGCAGAACGACCUCUCCCUCCAGAUACACAACCUGACCUGGAACGACAGCAGCAAGUAUUUCUGCCGGGUGGAGUUCUCUGGAGACGUCCACGACAAGUACGAGAGCCGGAUGGGAAUCAGACUCCAACUGAUAGAUAAUUCCACGGCCCCCACCAGCCUGUCACG